AUGCUUGAUCUUCUUAUCAGUGAUUAUACAUUUAAUACAUUACUUUAUCAUCUGCAUAGGAAAAAUAUUUUUGCAUUUCGAAUUGGUCCCGAGAUACCAGUUAUUGGUGAUUUAUUAAAUUUAACAUGUACAGCAGAAGAUAUCGAUUUUGAUUUGAGUCUUGAAUUACAGGAUAAUCAGGAAUUUACAAAUGAUACGAUUUUAAAUCAGACAAAUACGCGGAAAUAUAAUAAUCGUACAAAACGACAUACAACAAUGGAUACAUUGCUAAAUUUUGGUAUAUGUCUAGGUGAUAUUGCACCGGAAAUUCGUGAAAAAAAUCCCGGGAAACGAGCAUACAUUAUAAUUCGUACAAAUCGUGCACCAUCAAUACAAUUUAAAGCUGCUAAUAAUGGUACUAUUAUAAUUGAAUUUAUAAUUGAUGGUCUUAUUUACUUGGAUGGUACCACAACAAAAGUUGGCCAUAUUCAAAUUACAACUGUAUCAGUAAUAACAGUUCAAUUUAUCAAUAAACGAAUGAUUGCUAAGGCGCAAAUUGAACGCAUGGACAUUGUUGAUGUUGACAAAACAUUUGGUCUUCCUGAGGAAGCAUUCAUUAAUCUUUCAAAUUUAGCUCGAGGAAUUCUUACUCGGGCAAUAAAUAAAAAAUUAGCAAAUGGAAUUCCAAUGACAAUGCCACAAUUAGGCAUACCAAUUCAAUUUUAUAAUCUUCAUUUGCAUAUAAUCGAGCAUGCAUUAUUCAUUUCCACCGAUGCUAAUAUUCAAUCAUUAGCAAAUCACUUACCGUAUCAAGGAUUUACUGGAUGUCCAUAUUAUAAUCGAAUAUUAUAA